AUGACCUCGACCAGUCAGAUCCCCAAUAACUGGGUGGACAAAGGCCCGUGGCCUUUGAUCAGCACUCCUCAAGCGGAAGGUCAAGACAUCAAUUCGCACUAUUCUGUCUUCAUCGCAGUAGAUAUGUGCCACGUCCAUAAUCUUUUCAUACGCGCAAUGAACAGCAUUUACCUCCAAAGUCCUCAUGUCACGAAGCACGAAGAUAUUGCAGACCUACUCUUCUAUACCAAAACCCUUGUCAUAACGAUCGACGCCCAUCACGACAGCGAAGAAAAAUACUUUUUUCCAGAACUAGCCGCCUACACCAAAAACCCAAAAAUCAUGGCUGUUAAUCAAGCCCAGCAUGCUUCAUUUCACGGGGGUCUGGAGAAGCUUGGAGAAUACUGCACAACAACUUCUCCUGCAGACUACUCCUAUGUCACGUUCCGAGGCAUGAUUGACGCUUUCGCGACACAGCUCUCCAAGCAUCUCAACGAGGAGAUCCCUACAAUCUUGGCCCUCAAAAAAUACCCAAGCAAGGAUCUGAAGAAAAUCUGGGCCCGAACGGAGCAGCACAUCAACGACGUCGGGAGCUUCGAUGAGAUGUUCCCUCUGGCCUUUGGAUGCAUGGAUAAGGGGUUUGAGGGAGGCCAACACAAGUUCCCCCCCGUGCCGAAAGUUGUGAAUUAUGUAGUCUACUACUGGUUUGCGAGAAAACAUAGCAGUGUUUGGAGGUUUAAUCCUUGCGAUAUGUGGGGGAAUCCUGUACCACUGCAUUUCCUGCCAAGGGAGACAUCGUGA